AUGGCUGAUAAUGAUCCAAAGGACUCUAACAAUGCCCAAAGCACUCAUUUAAACGGUGAUAUUGAUCCUGAAGCACCGUCACCUAAUUAUGGCGGACGAAGAAGAAGCCGGGGGAUUUUGUAUACCCUCUCGGGUCAUUACAAUCAAGACGGCAAGCAUAAAUUGCAUAAUAAGCCACUUCUCCAUUCCCCGUCGGCGACACCCCUGCCAGAGUACAAAACUUCAGCUGCUGAAAAAUCAUCCUUCACUGUAAGACACUACGGAUCAUUCAGAACAACUUGGGAAUGGAUCACUCUGGUGGCCACGAUUUAUGUCGCCGUAGUGGUUCCUUACAACGCUAGCUUCGUCAGCACCGAAAGGUCCACCGUAGUUUCGGAUGUUAUUGUCGAGGCUAUUUUUAUUGUCGAUAUACUUCUCAAUUUUCGUACGACCUACGUCAGCAAGAAAGGGAACGUAGUGCUAAGUGGCGGUAAAAUAGCAAUUAAUUAUUUGAAAAGGUGGUUUCUUAUUGAUCUGCUUGCUGCGUUGCCUUUUGACUUGCUCUAUGCGUUUGAUGUUUAUAGUGGUGAAGAGUCUGGCCACAGUCAUAUCCAUUUAGUUAAAUUAACCCGACUAUUACGACUCGCUCGGUUAUUUCAAAAAAUGGAACGGUACUCUCAGUACAGCGGAGUGAUAUUGGCAUUAUUGAUGCUAGCAUUCUCAGUGGUUGCUCAUUGGCUGGCUUGUAUUUGGUAUGUUAUCGCGGAAAGCGAAGGGAGGCACAACGAUAAAGAAUGGAAUCUCAGUUGGCUACAUUCACUAGCCGAUCGUUUAAAAAUACCUGUACAAAAUGUAACGCGGACUGAAAGUUAUGUCACAGCGCUCUAUUUCACCUGUAGCAGCUUAACCUCUGUUGGUUUUGGCAACGUAUCGGCAAACACCACCUACGAGAAAAUAUUUUCGAUAAUCGCUAUGUUGAUCGGAGCUCUGAUGCACGCAGUCGUGUUCGGUAACAUGACUGCAAUAAUUCAGCGGGUUUACUCUAGGAGGUCGCUGUACCGUACCAAGUGGCGGAACUUAAAGGAUUUCUUGACCCUCCAUCAAAUCCCAGACCAGCUCAAGCAGAGAAUGCAAGAUUACUUUCAAACUACUUGGUCACUUAACCACGGGAUUGAUAUUCACGAGACAUUGAGGGAAUUUCCAGAAGAGUUGCGCGGUGAUGUGUCAAUGCACUUACAUCGCGAGAUAUUAAGCUUGCCAAUAUUUGAAGCCGCCUCGCUGGGAUGUCGGAAAUUACUGUCGCUCCAUAUAAAAAGCAAUUUUUGUGCACCUGAAGAGUAUCUAGUCCGACGCGGCGACGCGCUCUCAUACAUUUAUUAUUUAACCAACGGCUCUAUGGAAGUCGAGCAGAAUAAAAUGGUCGUCGCUAUUUUGGGCAAAGGUGAUCUAGUAGGCUGUGAUAUAGAUGUACACCUUCAACAUGGCACAAAUGGAGGUGGCGGUGGAUCAGGAGGCGCCGUCGACGUUAUUGUUAAAUCAAGUUGUGAUGUGAAAGCCCUAACAUACUGCUACCUUAAGUGUAUCCAUAUACAAGGUCUUAUUGAUGUUCUCCGUCUCUAUCCGGAGUAUCAGCAUCAAUUUGCCCGGGAAAUCAUUCACGAUCUGACGCACAAUUUGCGUGAAGGCUACGAAGUCGAGCAAGAGUCAGAUAUGAAUGGAGUACCGUCAUUAACAUUGCCGUCCAUCAGUGAGGAUGAUGAAAAUGUUCAAGAAGAUGGUGAAACGUCCCCGUUAUCACCAGCCAAUAGAUCACCUAUGCACAUUACUAGUCCACGGCAUAAAUUCAGAAGUGAUCGAGUUGGAAGACUUGUAAGAGGAGGGUUGAGAAAUCGAGUACAAGUAGUUACUCAAGAAUCGUUGGAGGAUCAUAAUCGCGAUGCGAAUGAACGGCUCGAGGCGACGCAAGUUUCAACGAUGCAUGAAGAUGUUAUUACAUUAAGCGACGAAUUGAGAAACGCAAUUAAAGCGCUGCAGUUAAUGGUACGUACACCACGAAGCAAUCCGAGUUUGCCGACUCCAACGGGGCAUAGCAGUUGUGAGGAUCGUUUGCUAGCAAAGAGCUCGUCUUAUUUGCCAGACGAAUUGUCGUGGGGUCCACCUACAAGGCUCAUGGAUGCUAGCACUCAGACAGAUGAUAAUUAUUCAGCUCCCAAUCUUCAAAGCCACGAAGAAUGGGUGAAAAAUAAUCCCCAGAAAGUUUUAGUCAUUCUGGGGCUAGAUCCUGAGUUGAUCGGUACUUCUCAGGGUGUUAGCGAACAAGAGUACCAUCAUUCCACAAAUUCUUCACCGUCUUCUUUACCACCGCCUCCUUAUGAACCUCUUCCGCUGUUUCAUAGCGGUAGUACUCCACAAUUACAAGAGUGUUCACGUUUUCAAACCGGUGACAAAUUGGAUUACACUCUAUCAGAAAAAAACUCAAGCUCAUCGUCAUCAUCCGUCUCACAAAGAUCAGCACCAAGUCAAGCAUACCGUGCUAUCAACGAAAUUCCGCAUCGUUUUAGCGCGGGUGACGUGGAAAGUAGGGCUCGACACAGAACUAUGCAGCCAAAAAAUACCGAUAUUAUUUCAAAAAGUGAUUCUGACGCCACUGAUGGAGACAUUCACAAGGACUCGACACUCAUCACUCAAGAUCCAAAGAAGCGCACCCGCAAACGGUCUACUAAGGCCUGCGAACUCGAGCUCAGCAGUCAACGGUCCAGAUUGAAGCUCAUCUCGGACAUCGAAGCCGUGACAUAG